AUGUCCAGAGCACAAGCCAAGGGUGGCAAGAAGCAAAAGAGGCCGAGGAAAGAGACUUAUGCUAUCUGCAUCUACAAAGUGAUGAAGCAGCUUCACUUCGACACUUGCAUCUUAUCCAAGGCCAUGAGCAUCACGAACUCGUUCAUGAAUGAUAUCUUUGAGUGCAUUGCGAGCAAGGAUUCCCAUUUGGCCAAUUACAAGUGGUUGACCAUCACUUCCCAGGAGAUCCAGACCAUCGUGCACCUGAUGCUGCCCGGAGAGCUGGCCAAGCAUGCCCUGUUCGAAGAGACAAAGGUGGUGACCGUCUCCAAGUGA